UGGGUCGUUUGGCGCUCGGUCUGCGAAAUGGUCUUCAAAUUCACAAAACGAGCCGCACAUUUGUUUAUUGCGUUGCUAUCCAUAUUUAUCUCAAUGGCUGGCAUUGUGUGCGUCGAUCGAUUGCCCCAAGCGCUUAAGCAGGAUCAGCUGAUUGUGAAUCACAUUUGCCUGCUGCAGAUUAUUGCGAGCGUUCUUUUAAUUGUGGGCUCCCUCAAGCACAAGCAUUCGUAUUUCGUGCCUUGGCUGCUGAUAGCAGCCCUAUUCGCUUAUACUUUGAUUUACAAAAGCAUAGACUAUUGGCUAAUUGCGUGGAUCGAUAUCAGGGCUACCCUGGGAGUCAUAUGUCUGCUUUAUAUUAUAGCAG